UAUUUAUACAUACAAUGGAAUAUUUAUACAUACAAUAGAAUAUUUAUACAUACAAUAGAAUAUUUAUACAUACAAUAUAAUGUUUAUACAUACAAUGGGAUAUUUAUACACACAAUAGAAUAUUUAUACAUACAAUGGAAUAUUUAUACAUACAAUGGGAUAUUUAUACACACAAUAGAAUAUUUAUACAUACAAUGGAAUAUUUAUACAUACAAUAGAAUAUUUAUACAUAUAAUGGGGUAUUUAUACAUACAAUGGAAUAUUUUCUGUUUUGCUAUGGUGGCUAUGAGGCUUCUAUAA